AUGGCAGGAGAAGCAGCAUAUAGUAUGAAUUUCGCAUCUAAAAGAAAAAGAGAAGAGGUCGAGCCAGACACCAAGAAAGUGAAAAAUUUUAUAAACGAAAAAGAGAGACAGGAGUUUAGCAGCUCGAACGAAUGGCCUAUUUACAACCAUCCAGAUGGAGGAAUAGUGAAGAUUACGCCGUGGGGGUCAGUGAGACAAUUUGUGGAUGCCGGCGGGAAUACGGUGACGAAAUUUGAGGACAUCAAUUUCCAGGAUAUAUCGUUUGCAAACAGCCAGACGGCGAACGUGUACGACAUGCCAUCCACGCCAGUGUCUAUGAACCAGAACACGAAUAGUUUUUCGUCGCCAUCAACGUGUGAUGUGGAUGGAAUCAAAUUGAGUCCUAGCGACGAGGCGGAAAACUACGUGAUAAACGGAUAUGGCAAAUUGCAGGGUAGUGGUGCCCAGCAGCAGCAGUUCCAACAGGAACAUGAAAAUUAUUUUGGCAUGGAAGACCAUGAUUUGGAAUACGACGACAUGGUCAAAAUCUAG